UUACAGCCUAGUGACCUCAAAAUUAUUAUUUCAUAUUUACUGAUUCAGUGCAAAGUGCAUACACGCUACAUAUUAUAAGCACACGAAAUCCAAUAAAUCAAACUACCACAUUUUCCAGUUUCCGAUCAGAAGAUAGAAGAAGAUGAGGAUACCGUACACUAUAUCGAAAAACGUUUUCGAAGCCUAUAGGUGUUCCCGAGAAACGCUUAUUCUACCUCGGGAACAAAAUAGGAUACUUCGUAGCGAAAAUGAAUCAUGGGAUGAAAAUAUUAUACCGGAACUCAAGAUUCUGGCUUUGAGAGUGAUUGCCAGAGAAUGGGAAAGGAAUCCAAUUUUGGAAAAACUUCCAACCUGUGAGGACAGAGAUGUUCUGCUCGAAAUACUUCCGACUGAUCUUCCUUUUAAAUUGAUUAUUAAGGAGAUUCCUUACGAGUAUUAUUGGGAACGUGCAGCCAAGGAUAGGUGGGAAUUCAACAAUCUUGUCGAGCAUGGGAAUUCCUGGCGUCAGCUUUAUUGUGAAAGACAUUUUGCGGAAUAUCUGGAAUCUUUAGAUGCCACCUAUUUUGAACCUCAGCAAGAAACCUGCGAAGAAACCAUAGGACUCCUACGCGAUUUUAUUUACACGCUUAGAAUCCGAGCUCUCGUUCCCACUAAAUAUCCAUUCAAGUGGUCAGGGGAUGAAACUGAAGAUUCCUGUACAGCAGACGAGUUUCCGGUCAAUCAUAUUCCGAUGAAUAUAAUUCUUCCGAAACUUCCAAAUCUCACGGAGCUAAUUCUCAAUUUUGGCAUGAUUUACAUGAAUGAUGGAUUCGAGUGGAGGGACUUCCAAUUUUCAGUGAAGGAUUGUCUGAAUCUUGGCCAUGGUAUCAAGGAUUGUCUACAUUUGAGGAAACUCGUCCUGACAAAAAGCAAUUUGGACCAGCCGCGAGUAGCAGCCUUGCUUCAAGGAGUGGCCGUGAAUAAUAGCAUACGAGAAAUAGACUUUUCACAUUGCAAAUUGGGAAAUAGGGGUGCCCAAGCUGUAGGUUGUUUUCUGACAAUACACAGGCGCCUUAAUGUCUUGCAUUUGGCGAACAAUAAGAUUGGACCCGAGGGUAUAGCAGGCAUUAUUCAUGGCUUACUGCAAGACCAUUCUGUACCUCUAAAACAUUUGAAUUUGCGACUAAAUCCUCUCCAGGAAGCAGGAGGAGUUCAUGUUUGCGCACUUUUGCUCAGACACGCUCGUUUGGAAGUACUGAAUAUCAGUGGGUGUGGACUUGGCCCAGAAACUGGUAUAGGAAUGUCGGACAUCAUCGCUUCGGGCCAUUUGAAAUGUUCCACCCUAGAACUUGAUGUAUCUAAUAAUGACUUUGGAUCUAUCGCUGGCGAGGCUUUCGAGAGGAACUUGAAGCUCUGCCCCCAGAUAGUGGCGUUCGAUUCACGUUUAUGUAACUUCAACAAAGAAUCCGAAAAUUCCAUAAGAGAAACUAUUCUCAGACAUAGGACCGACAGGAAAAAGGACAAAGUCAAACUGUUAUUGUCAGAGCGUCGCAGCAAGAUUGCAACAUCAAAGAAUAAAAUAUUGGAAUCAUCAUCAAAAUAUGCUUCAUUGAUGGGUGGUUCCACAUCAUCAAAGAGUGAUGACCAAGAGCGUGAAAGGAAGAAAGGAGAUAUCGAGGACAUCAUGGGCAACGCAGAUACGCUCUUCAAGUCAAAUGGCGACAGGCUGUCUACGAUUGAAACUCAGUCCAAAGCAAAAAUGUCGAUACAAUUCGACAGUUCUGAAGCUUAAAAAUUGUCACCCAACUGGAAAGCAACUUUUAUAUUUACAAUAUUUCCACCAAUAUUCAUUCUAUUUUUACAGAACAUGUUG